UGUACAUUUACCUACGAAGGACACAUUCAAUUCGUAAAUUCUCGAAGGCUCAUUUGCAACAGAUACCCCAAUGUCUUGAAGAUGCCAUGAUCAGCCAUGUACCAUUAUAUGCCCGGGAGACAUGAGCUCCAUACCACAGGUGCUCCACCGCACUGCUAAACCGGUCAGCGUCGCCGAGUUUGUCGAUGCCGUCCGGGCGAUAUGCCUCCCCAGGUUCCCCGGCUCCCGUGGCCGUCAGGCCCGUCCUGUUGGUCUGGCCAUCAGCGGGGGGGUCGACUCCAUGGCCCUGGCAUAUCUCUGCUCGCAACUGCACAAGGACCGUCAUGUCAUAAAGGUUGCUGACAACCCCGUCGGCGCCUACCAUUGCAUGAUAGUAGAUCACCGCACGCGCGAGGGGAGCGACUUGGAGGCCGAGGCCGUCCACGCCAGCCUGGCCAGCCUCGGCCUCAAGACCCACGUGAUGAGCAUCGGCUGGAAAGACUUCUUGCAAGGCUCGGGGUAUUCUCACCCCAAGGAGCUACCCAACUUUGAGACUGUCGCACGCCGCCUCCGUUACCGCAAGAUGGCCGUCAUGUGCGCCAAGGCAAGAAUGGCGUCGCUCUUCUUUGCGCACCACGAGGACGACCAGUACGAGACGGUGCUCAUGAGGUUGGUAUCCGGCCACGGCGCCGCUGGUCUGCUGGGCAUGCGUCCCGCCGCCGACAUCCCCGAGAGCUACGAUAUCCACGGGGCAUACCAGAGCGGCCUGAUAGACGACCAGUCGUCCAGGUUCCCCAUGAUCAACUACCGUCCUAUGAAAGGGGACCUGAGAUCCAUCAGGCAUGACAUAAUGGCUGAUAUAGAUCCCGAGGUCCUGGCGAGGGAGCGGUUAGAGGGCACCCCUUUUAGUGCCUAUCUCGAGGACGAGCUCGACUCAUACGUGCCGAGGAUGCAGAUGAUGCUUCCUGUAGCACCUCCAAAAAUAGAGGACGGUGGUGUCUUUGUCUACCGGCCCUUGCUCGAGUUCAGCAAGGACAGGCUGAUUGCAACCUGCGAGGCCAACAGGGUGCCGUGGUUUGAGGAUGCCACGAACCAGGACGCGACUCUGACGAUGAGAAACGCCGUGAGACAUGUGCACAGACAUCACACCCUGCCAGCACCGUUGCAAAAGCCGGCCAUUCUGGAUAUGUCCCGCCGCCUGCGGGGACGGGCAGAGCUUGAAGAGGCCGAGGUGGACCGACUCUUGGCCCGGACCAUGGUCCGUGAUUUCGAGUCUAUAGCAGGCACCGUCGUUGUGCAGCUCCCAUCGUUCCGGAUCCCUCGCAGCCGUCGCGGGCUCAACCCUCGGGCACGGCGCACAAGACGCUUGGAACGCUAUCGCUACAUUGCCGGCCUGCUCCUCAAGCGUCUCAUUGCCAUGGUGACACCCGAGCAGCCAGGUACGUUUGCGACCAGCCUCCAGAACCAAGUGGUACGCCUAUUUCCGUCCCUCAACGAUGACCCAUCCACCUACCCGGAGCACCCCAAGGCCUUCAAUGUCUCCAGCGUACACUUCCUUCCCGUGCGGACCUCAUCUGACCCCGGCGCACCAAUGAGCUGGUACCUCACCCGCGAGCCCUACGUGUCCGGACGGCCGCCCCCCGUCUGUUCGUUCGGGAGGUUAAGCAUCCGCGAACGCUGGCGCCGGCGGCCGGAGGUGUGGCGUUGGCCGUUGUGGAAGCCCUGGCAGCUAUGGGACGGGCGGUUCUGGGUGCGAGUCCGCAACCGGUCCAGCGUGCACGCGGCGGUUGCCCCCUUCGAGGCCAGAUACGCCAAGGCCUUCCGCGACUCCCUGCCCGACGACCGGGCGCGCGCAAAGCUGGCGGCACUGCUGAAGCACCACGCCCCGGGCAAGGUCAGGUACACGCUGCCUGCCAUCUACACGGGCGGCGACCACGAAAGAGCCGUCCAAGAGGUCCGGCGGCGCCGCGAGGCUGAGAAGGAGGGGUCAUCGGAGGAGCCCAGGGCCAAGCAGGCGUGGAGGGAGCUGGGGUACGAAGCCCAACGUGACGAGUAUCUCAAGAUGAGGGAGUGGGAGAAAGAGCAGGGCAUCUGGGACAUCAAUUAUGCCGGCGCGGGUCCGCAGGCUGCGAAGAAGGUGCUGGUCGCGCUGCCGACACUGGGUAUAUCGAAACCAGGGCUGAACAGCUGGAUUAGGUACGAGAUCAGGUACCGGAGGGUGGACAGCGGCAUGCUGGAGAACACGGCGAGGGAUGAGCGGCAGCUGGCGUGGUUCCGGCACAAGAGGUCGAGGACCCGCACGAAGGGCUGCGCGGGACAGACCAGGAAUUCCCGGGUCAGGACCAUAGGUCCAAGGUCGCCGCAAAAAUAAAACUUGUUUUAUAAGCCA